AUGUUCUCUUCUCAUUUUCCCAAGAAGCUUUUACUCAAAGGAACUCCAAAAGAGAUAGGAUUUGAACAUGGCAACGUUCUAUCUGCUGAGAUCAAAGAUCAGAUGGAGAUUUACAAUGCAAUGUUUCAAUCUACUUCUUCAUUAACAUGGCCCGAAGUCCACGAGAUUGCCAAGGAAUUUCAAACGACAAUCCAAAAACUAACACCAGAUAUCUAUGAUGAAAUGGUAGGUAUUGCCGAGGGUGCAGUUGUUGAUAUUUUGGACAUUGUAGCACUCAACUGUAGAAGUGAAAUUGCUUUGGGGAGAUUUACAGAUGGAUGUACGAGUUUAGGUUGGAAGAUGCAGGGAAAAGAUGUAGAAGGGAAGAUGGUGUUGGCACAAAAUUGGGACUGGACUGAGAAUGUUCAAAAGAACUUGGCGAUAGUGGAGAUAGAAAGAAAGGGAAAAGAGAAGAUUUGGAUGGUGACUGAGGCGGGAAUAGUUGGUAAAAUUGGGUUCAAUUCCGCUGGUGUCGGCGUUUGUCUUAAUGCUAUUAGAGCUCGUCCAACACAUACUUAUAAGGUUCCAAUUCACGUUGCACUCCGCAUCUGUUUAGAAAGUGAUAGCGUGGAAAAAGCUCUAGCAUCAAUCAAGGAAUUAGGUGGCGUGGCUUCGAGUCAACACAUCCUUAUAGCAGAUCCCAACAGAACUUUGAGUAUGGAGCUUUCGCCUGUGGGAAAUUGUUUCUUGGAGCCAUGUGAUGAUGGAUUUGUCGCACAUACAAAUCAUUUCAUCAAGAAUGAAUUAGUUAGCGAGCCAUUCUGGCUCAAGGGAAGUCCGGUGAGACUUGAGAGAGCCAAUUUUCUGGUCAGUGAGUUAAUCAAGGAUAUGAAUGAUGGCCUGGAGAUUGAUGAUGGAAUCGGAAAUAUUUUGAGGAAAAGAUUGUUCUCGGAUACUUUUAAUGCACCGCAAGCGAUUUGCUGCCAAGAAGAUCCAGAACGUCCAAAGGAAACAAGAAACAGUACGCUGUUCAAUAUUGUAAUGAAACUGGAAGCUGGUAACCCUACAGCUGAAGUUUUAUUCGGAAAGCCUGGGAUGACGAACGGAGAGGUACUGAAAAUGCCAUGGAUUUGA